AUGCCAUCCCUCGCCAGUUCGCCAUUACCAUCCAUCGAGCUUACCAUCCCGCGCCAGUUCGCCAAUACCACCCCACGAGCUUGCCAUCCCUCGCCAGUUCGCCAUUACCAUCACUCGAGCAUGCCAUCCCUCGCCAGUUCGCCAUUACCAUCCAUCGAGCAUGCCAUCCCACGCCAUUUCGCCAUUAUCAUCCCUCGAGCAUGCCAUCCCUCGCCAGUUCGCCAAUACCACCCACGAGCUUGCCAUCCCUCGCCAGUUCGCCAAUACCACCCCAAUGAACUUGCCAUCCCUCGCCAGUUCGCCAUUAUCAUCCCCGAGCAUGCCAUCCCUCGCCAGUUCGCCAUUACCAUCCCCUCGAGCAUGCCAUCCCCUCGCCAGUUCGCCAUUACCAUCCCUCGAGCUAGCCAUCCUCGCCAGUUCGCCAUUACCAUCCCACGAGCUUGCCAUCCCUCGCCAGUUCGCCAUUACCAUCCCUCGAGCAGCCAUCCCUCACAAAUUCGCCAUUACCAUCCAUCGAGCAUGCCAUCCCUCGCCAGUUCGCCAAUACCACCCCACGAGUUUGCCAUCCCUCGCCAGUUCGCCAUUAUCAUCCCUCGAGCAUGCCAUCCCUCACCAGGUCGCCAUUACCAUCCAUCGAGCUUGCCAUCCCUCGCCAGUUUGCCAUUACCAUCCAUCGAGCUCGCCAUCCCUCGCCAGUUCGCCAAUACCACCCCACGAGCUUGCCAUCCCUCGCCAGUUCGCCAUUACCAUCCAUCGAGCUUGCCAUCCCUCGCCAGUUCGCCAAUACCACUCCACGAGCUUGCCAUCCCUCGCCAGUUCGCCAUUAUCAUCCCUCGAGCAUGCCAUCCCUCGCCAGUUCGCCAUUACCAUCCAUCGAGCUUGCCAUCCCUCGCCAGUUUGCCAUUACCAUCCAUCGAGCUCACCAUCCCUCGCCAGUUCGCCAAUACCACCCCACGAGCUUGCCAUCCCUCGACAGUUCGCCAUUACCAUCACUCGAGCAUGCCAUCCCUCGCCAGUUCGCCAUUACCAUCCAUCGAGCAUGUCAUCCCUCGCCAGUUUGCCAAUACCAUCCCUUAUCAUCUUUGCCGAACGUAUCUAUCUACCUAUCUACCUAUCACUGUUCAUAUGUAUCACUUUUCAUAUCUAUGUUCAGAUGUAUCUCUGUACAUAUCUAUCUAUCUAUCUAUCUAUCUAUCUAUCUAUCUAUCUAUCUAUCUAUCACUGUUCAUAUGUAUCACUUUUCAUAUCUAUGUUCAUAUGUAUCCCUGUUCAUUAUCUAUCUAUAUAUCUAUCUAUCUAUCUAUCUAUUUAUCUAUCUAUCUAUCUAUCUAUCUAUCUAUCUAUCUAUCUAUCUAUCUAUCUAUCUAUCACUGUUCAUAUGUAUCACUUUUCAUAUCUAUGUUCAGAUGUAUCUCUGUUCAUAUCUAUCUAUCUAUCUAUCUAUCUAUCUAUCUAUCUAUCUAUCUAUCUAUCUAUCUAUUUAAUUCUUUUUUAUAA